AAUUUUUUUUUAGGUUCUAACUCUAUAGGAUGACAGAAACGAUGCAGUUGAAAAAGCAAAAUUCAGGUGGGUACGGGAGCAGUGGAUCAAGCCAAGAGAAUAUUAGUAGUAAAGUUUACAGUUCCGCCAACUAUAAUACCAUCAUGGUGGAGUUCGAAAACGGGAAUAGGGAGAUGGCGGUAGACGUCCCAGCAUCCUUUAUUGCUCAAGCAAAAACUCCGCCAAGGUACCCUCCUUCGAACCCUAGAUACCAAGCAACCUUGUCCACCUUCUCCCCCAGGGGGACGGAGCAGAACUCCAGCACCUCCAGCAGGCAGAGCAAAGAAUCAUCAAGCAAUGGAUCUAUAGGAAUGGGCCCACCUCCCACCGGGUCCCGCGAUCAUUUAAAGAUCGAGAAGGAUGGUCGAUUGAUCAACAGAGCCCCGGCUCCAGAUCUUCCGGGUCGAGACGGACGUGGCGGAGAGGAUAGCCGCCACUCAGGCCGGUCAUCAGGACAGGCGGAGCUUCUUAACGGUAGCAGUCAACCCCACUCAGCAGAUUACAGCCCUGUAUUGAAUGGACUGAAACCAUCCCAAGCACAAUAUGAUAGGAUAGCUAAAUAUACACAGGAAUUGAAACAGCAUAAAACAAAUCAUGAUGCCAAACUUCUAGAAGAAGCUGUUCUUCGCUCUUCACUCAGAAACUCUGCAAGGUUGCGAGCUCUUGAGAAUUCAUCGAAUAUGUCUUCCACAAAUAAUAACUAUAAAGGUGUUAAUAAUCCUGGUUUUUCUACACUUGGUGAGGAAACCCCACAGGUGUCCCUGGGUCAGGUGCACAGCGCGCUUAACAGAUUGAAAAACGUGCUCCCGCGCUCUUCUCUGGACGCGCUCUACGGAGUUGCGGAACUUAUUCAAACGCCAGAGUUUGAAAUAGGUCUGGAUGUGUAUAAUAAACUCCAGUCAGUUUGGUGCUACACUGUACCUCCUCCAGCUGUUUGUGUAGACGCACAGGAACUGGCGGAGGAUUGUCUAUCCCUGUCAGAUGGCGGAGCUGGAACUGGUCUUGAACAUGAACCCGCCGCGGCGGAACUAGCAGCAAUACUCAGGAAGGAAUCUUUGGAAGGACUUCUUUACGCUCAUGAUAAACUGGCGGAGAGAUACUGUUUACUUAAUUCUCUUGGAGAAGAAGAUGUAAUCUUAGACAGGGUUUCCCACUACGCUGAGCCAAAUAUAAAGGUGGUUAAACUAGAGAAGACGAGUGAACCCCUUGGAGCCACGGUCAAGAAUGAAGGCGAGGCAGUUAUUGUCGGCCGGAUAAUACGGGGCGGAGCAGCGGACAGAUCGGGACUACUGCAUGAAGGAGACGAAAUUCUAGAGGUGAAUGAGGUUGAACUGCGUGGUAAGAACGUAAACGAAGUGUGUGAUAUCCUGGCUCGAAUGACCGGAACUCUGACCAUGCUGGUCGUUCCUAUACCUCUUGACUCAGAGGACGGACGGGGUAAGGUUCCAAUUCUUCAUCUGAAAGCACAGAUCGAUUAUGAGGCAGAAGAGGAUCAAUAUGUUCCAUGUAGGGAGCUAGGGAUAUCCUUUCAUAAAGGAGAUAUCCUUCAUAUUAUAAAUCAGAGGGUUCAGAUGAAGCAGACUAUAGCUGAGGAGGUUGGAGCAGGAGAAAGAGGAAUGUCAAGACAAAAAUCUGGUCUUCUCUGUGCCAGAAGAUCUAAUAAGAGGAAGAAGAAAGAAGUUCCCUACAGUUCAGUUUAUCAUGAAGAUUUCGAAGGAGAGGAACCUGUGGUUUAUGAAGAGGUAUCUUUAUACUACCCUCGGCCAAAUAGGAAACGGCCAAUUGUCCUUAUCGGCCCGCCCAAUAUUGGCCGGCACGAGCUACGGCAGCGACUUAUGCGCGAUGCGGCGCGAUUUGCCGCCGCUAUUCCUCACACAUCUCGCACCCGGCGCGAUGAUGAAACCGAUGGACAAGAUUAUCAUUUUAUUACGAGGUUGCAGUUUGAGCAGGAUAUUCUGGCCCGAAGGUUUGUAGAACACGGAGAAUACGAGAAGGCGUACUAUGGGACUAGUCUAGAAGCUAUCAGGGCAGUGGUAAACCUGGAGAAAAUAUGUGUUCUCAACCUACACCCCCAGUCUCUCCGUAUUCUGAAGAACAGUGACCUGAUGCCCUAUGUUGUAUUCGUAGCACCUCCUUCGCUUGUGCAGCUUAAACGAUGGAAGAUGGAAAACCUGGAGCAGGUGGAUGACGAGGAGCUGGAGGACAUCAUCAAGAGAGCUCGGGAGAUGGAGGAGAGAUAUGGACACUACUUCGAUAUGAUCAUCAUUUACAGUGAUCCUGACCGAGCAUACCAGAGUUUAGUAGAGGAGAUUAAUCUGUUAGAAAGAGAACCACAAUGGGUUCCAGGCUCCUGGCUUAAACAGGACAAAGGACUUUACUAGAUUUUUGUUCUCGCUGAUGUUCUUCCAAUCUUCUAAUUGCAAUAAUCCAGGUUCUGCAGUACAGUACAGUCUGCAGUACAGAAUCCUUGUACUUAUAAUCAGUAUUCCAGAUUCUGCAGUACGGAACAAACAAAAACAAUCAUCCUGACUAAAGUACUGCAGUUACGUUUACAGUAACACUCGUGGUUUCAAAUCAAAAUAAAAGUUUUUGUACAUACUUUGUAGAUUGUCAGCUGAUGUACAUGUAAUACUGUACAACAGUAAACUGUACACUUAUAUAU